CUCCUCUAUCGCUGUACUUUUUUACAACCGCAGUGAACACGGUGGCUUUAUCUACUCGGACUUCGGUGGCAAUAACUUGCAAGGUACGUACAGGGCUACCUAAACCUCCACAAACUUUUCCAUUUCAAACGUUUUAGGCAUGUGUUUAUGUUCUGAUUUUCCAAGUCGUUGAGAAGAAAAGAACAGAAACGUUUAUAGACAGAUCGACAGAGGAGUGGAGAAGUGAGACUUGAAUAUAACUAUAUAAAAAUUGCAGUAUUUUUGCUGUUGCUAUACUUCUUUUGGUAGCUAUGGAGCGUUAUGAGAUUAUCAAGGAUAUUGGGUCUGGAAAUUUUGGGGUGGCUAAGCUGGUCAGAGAUAAAUGGACUAAAGAGUUCUUUGCUGUUAAGUUUAUCGAGAGAGGCCAAAAGAUUGACGAGCAUGUGCAAAGGGAAAUUAUGAAUCAUAGGUCAUUGAAGCAUCCCAAUAUAGUUAAAUUUAAGGAGGUCCUGUUAACUCCCACCCAUUUAGCUAUUGUGAUGGAAUACGCUGCAGGAGGAGAACUUUUUGAGAGGAUAUGCAAUGCUGGUAGAUUUAGUGAGGACGAGGCAAGGAUUUUCUUCCAACAACUGAUAUCGGGAGUAAGUUACUGUCACUCAAUGCAAAUUUGUCACAGAGAUCUUAAGCUUGAAAAUACACUCCUAGAUGGCAGCACAGCGCCGCGUGUCAAGAUCUGCGACUUCGGGUAUUCAAAGUCAGCUGUGUUGCAUUCUCAGCCAAAAUCUACCGUGGGCACCCCAGCUUACAUUGCCCCGGAAGUUCUAUUAAAAAAGGAAUAUGAUGGGAAGAUCUCAGAUGUAUGGUCCUGUGGGGUUACCCUAUAUGUAAUGCUAGUCGGGGCAUACCCAUUUGAAGAUCCUGAUGAUCCAAAAAACUUCAGAAAGACAAUCGGGAGGAUACUCAGUGUCAACUAUUCAAUUCCGGAUUAUAUUCGUGUUUCUGUAGAGUGCAAUCAUCUUUUAUCGCGAAUAUUUGUGGCUAACCCUGAAAAGAGAAUUACCAUUCCAGAAAUAAAAAAUCAUCCAUGGUUCUUAAAGAACUUGCCUAUAGAGCUGAUGGAAGGACAAAGCUGGCAGAGCAUUGACGUCAACAACCUGUCCCAAAGCAUUGAAGAAGUCCUGUCUAUAAUACAGGAGGCAAGCAAACCAGUCUCCCUGUCAAAGGCUGUAGGGCAUUUGCUUGGAGGCAGCAUGGAUCUUGAUGACUUGGAUGCUGACGCAGACCUUGAAGAUAUCGAGACAAGUGGUGAUUUCGUGUGCCCAUGAUGAUUAAAACUAUGUAAAUAGAUUGUCAACUUUCCUGAGGUAUUGUCUCAAUGAUUGUGAGCACCAGAUCUUCACUAAGGAACUCUUUACACAGUAUAAUCCAUGUUUGGCCAUGUGGCAUAUGGAUGCCCCAUCUGUAGAUCCCUUGUGUUUCUUUGUUCAAUCGAUCACAGCAACAUUUUGUAAGGUCUUGACGUGCAUGGCAUGGUUAAUUCAGAUACCUCUAGAACCC